UGGAAGACUGCCGCGGCCGCCGGCUGCUGCCUUUGGGCCCGCCACGCCGUUGAAUCCGCUCAACACGACGCAGGCUCGUGAGACGACGAGCAAGCCCCUGCCACACCCUGCCACCUACGCCGGCACCGACAAUUGGGCCCUCACACCCAGCGGCUCCCUCCCCAGCCUGCCGGGCACACCAAACAAAGCGCAUUUAGCGCUGGGUAUGUGGCAGCACCCCAAUCUCCCCGGCGAGUCACCUUCGUCGGCGUCAGGCGCAGCAGCAAAGAUGCACAUGUCGGCUCAGGGCGCAUCAUCUACGUCUUCGCCGAGGUUAGGACCAGGGGCAGGGGCGCUACCAGGCCAAGGCCAGGGCCAGAACAGAGGCACAGCAUCGCCCUCGAGGCUCGGCGGCACUUCCAGCUGGCUCCCUCCGUCCUCGACUCCUUCACGAGGUCACAUCUCGCCAAAGCGGUCCAACCUGUCGCUCAGCGGUGGAGUAGGAGCAGGAUCAGGCGCAGCAGCAGCAGGGGGGCAGCAGCAGCAGCAGCAACAGCAGCAACAGCAACAGCGCAGCCCGAGACUUUCUCCAGCCCCGGCAAGGAGGUCCAUGGCCGACGCGGCGCCCUCGAGCAUCGCAUCGCUCCUUUCCACCACCCCUUCUUCCUCCUCCCACCUCCAGCAGCCGGCACCCCAGCCCCCUGCUCCCACGCUCCAGCACCGCGACUCGAUGAAUUCGGUCGCCUCGUCUUCCCAUCCGCUCUCCCACUCGAGGCGCAGCUCCCAGGUCUUUCAGAACUCACCCGCCAGCUCCGUCGUCUCGUCCGUCCAGACGGGUGUCUCGCGCCCCUACCGCCCGCCCCAGCUGCGUGGAAGGGACAGCAUCCACAGCCUCAAGCCUCGCAUGACGCACUACGACCGUGUUCGCACCCCCAGCCUGCGAGGCCAGAGCCGCAGCCCAGACCCGACCUCCUCGGCCUUUCGAGCGUCGAUUUCAUCGAGCCGGGGCACCAGCCGCGCUCCCUCCGAGGUCUACUUCUCGCCCGCCGUGUCCGACGCCCUCUUCUCCCCUCCCAGUCAGCUGCUCGACGACGGCCGGUCACCCCCUUCGACGAGACCACGGGGCACCUCUCGACUGAGCUCCUUUAGCGGCAUCGGGCCUGACGAGAUUGUCGUGCCAGAGCAGAAUGAGGAUGAGGACGAGGAAGAGGGCGGGGGUGAGCAGCAGCAGCACCAGCAGCAGCACCAGCAACAGCAACAGCAACAGCAAAUCCAGACAUCGCAUCCACAGCCACGACGCAGCUUCGACACAAACUCCCUCAUGGCCAAGCUGGCUCAUGCCCGUCUCAACGAUGCCGCCGCUUCGAAUGCAUCGACCGACGAGCGAGAGAGAGACGACGACGACGUUGAUCUCUCGGCAGAAGACAUGAUGCAGCCCUCGCUCACCGACUCUUUCUACAUGAGCCGCAAUGGCAGUCUGGCCAGCCACGGUCCCGUCGUCGACAUCUUUGAGAUAGGCGACCGCCUGGGGCCUGGAAUGACGCACGAUGGCCAUCGCAUCACCAUUGCUGCCACCAGCGAGGGCUUCCAGUCGCAGGAGGGAGACCAUUCAGGGAGCCAGCUGCAGGUCGUGCGAAAGCUGGGCGAAGGCAGCUACGCAGUCGUCUAUCUUGUCCGCGAAAUCAGCCCACAGGAGGCACAGCAGCUCGACCGCGAGGAGGAGGAGUCCAGGGAGGAUGCCAGGCCAAUCGCACGGCCGUCUGCCGAGGAGUCCUUUACCGCCGCUGACCAGACCUUUGCCGCCGAUCAGACGCUGGCUGCCGACCAGACCUUUGUCCCCGACGAGGCUGCUCUUGGCACGACGCUCAAGGCUGACGGUGCCGGCCGUCUUGCGCAAGCAGGCCUGAGCGUAGACACCUCAUUGGACUCUGCGUCGCCUUCGUCGUCCUCGCAGAGGUACUUUGCUCUGAAGUGCCUCUGCAAGCGCGACCUCUCUCCAGAGAUGCUCGAGGUGCAACGAUUGGAGGCGACGAUCCAUCAAUCCAUCCCCGCCCAUCCGUACAUUGUCACCCUCUACCGUACCUACGAAACACCCGAGUGGCUCUUCCUCGUCCUCGAGUAUUGCCCGGGGCAGGACCUCUACUUUUGGCUGGAGCAGGCGCACGAUGGGUCCAACCUCGCUGGCCAGCGGAACAAUAAUGGCGACGACAGCGAUGAGGCACCAACGGCCUUGGACGCCACACCUCCUUCACCCUCGAUCCUGGCCUCGACGGCGGGCAGGUCGCUCUUGAGUCGACGGAGAUUACGUCUCGUUAGUCGCAUGUUUCGGCAGAUGUGCGACGCCGUGCAAUUUUGUCACGAUCGCGGUAUUUCCCACCGCGAUAUCAAGCCAGAGAACUUCAUCGUCGAAGACCGUCGGCUUGACGAUACCGACGAGGACAACGAGAGCGCUAUCGAGGACGACGACAGGGGUCGCCCGGUCGCCGACGGCCAGAUUGUCGUCAAGCUAACCGACUUUGGCCUCGCCGUCGCGCAGGAAGAAUGCAUCGACUUCGAUUGCGGCUCAAAGCCCUACAUGGCCUUUGAGUGCCGCAACAACGUGGCACAGCACUACGAUCCUCGCCAGGCCGACGUCUGGUCCCUGGGCGUGGUCCUGCUCAACCUCAUCUUCCACCGCAGCCCGUUCUCGGAACCCAAUCCGGACCGCUGCGACAGCUUCCGAUCCUAUUGCAUCGACCCCGUCGCAUUCUUGACGGUUGCCUUUGAUGGCCUCACGCAGCAGGCCGCCGAGUUUCUGGCAGUGCAUGUCUUUUGCGACGUGACAUCCCCGAAAGCAUCCUCGGGCGAAGAAGACGAAGCUGGGCCCCUACGGACGAGGAUCUCAGCGAGAGAAUUUGGCGAGUGGGCCAGGGACCUUCCACGCCACUUGGGCCUGGAGAGGGGCCGCGAGGCCCACACGGUCAGUCGCGGAGCCGACAUGAGUUUCACGUCGGCCAUGGAGCACUCGAGAAGCCUGUCGUCUUCGCGCGCCCCGUCGCUGUUGGCGUCACCGAAUACCGCCGGUCGAAGCCUUUCGAUUCCCGAGGAGGACAUGGCGAGCUGGGAUCGCUGGCCGACGCUCUUCCCAGAGUACUCCAUGUCGAUGGCGACCAGUAGCGAAUUGGGUUCGCUUCGAGGCUCGCCUGCGGCCAGACGCACGCCAGACACAAAGACGCCCUCGCAUACCUCGUCGCCUGGGCAAUUGGCACCGUUGGACGCCGUUCCGCCUAGCGAAACGCGCAAGCCCACAAAGCUGGCCGAGACUGUGCCCGGUGCCAUUGCCGAGGAGUCUGAGUCGAGCAGAGAUAGCGCAGCGGCCACGAAUCAAUCCUCGACGGACAGCGGCGCGGGCGCAAAUGGUGAGCUUCCAGAGGCUGUAGAGGAGGUUGACGAGGAAGAAACCGAAGAGCAAGCGCACGCUCGCGAGAACGGGUCGGCGUUGACGAGUGCCAUGCGAGAAGAAGAGGCAGACGUUUCCGAUGCGAUGCAGCCCCCACGCUCGGCUACGACCUCGACGCACUCCAAGCGGCGGAAACGAGGCGCUCGAAAGGGCCGCACGGCAGCAAAGCAGGAGUCCAAGCAGGAGCUCAAGCGAUCUCGGUCUGUAGAGAAUCUGCACUUGGGCGUGGAGCAGGAGCAGAGGCCGAGCAGCAACCCGAAUCCGCGCGACGUCGUCUUGGCUGAACUCGCCGCUGCGUCUCAGUCUCUGGCGAGGGAGAUGAGCAAGGCAAUGAAGAGUGGCGGUACAGCGACGUCGACUCAGCCUUCGCCCAUGCAUGGCUCCUUUGCGACUAGACGACCACAGGGCUUGACGGUGAAGACACCGUCGCCGGACGAGCAUGGUACGAGUGGCGAUUUGGCCACCUUGUCGCUUCCCCCGGACACGCCAGGGGCGGCCAGCGUUGGACGAGGCAGCGUGACCAGCAGAGCGAGCACGCAGUACACCAACUACAGCUGGAACGACCAUCGGACUGCUCGGACGCCGUCGAUGUUAUCGGUCAGCACGCGCAACACUGACAACUCCGAUGGGUCCAAGUGGGAUUCGGCAGCCAGCCGGAGAGAGCGAAUGCUGGCAGCGGCUGCUGCUUCCAUGCCACAAAGCGGUCCUGGCUCUGGCUCUGGCUCUGGCCCGGGCUCUGCUGCCCCUCCUUCGUCCGCUCGUCCGACGCUCGAGGACUCGGGACGAACGACUGUGGGCUCGCAGAGCUGGUGGCGCGAGAGAAACCAAUCGCAGGCCUCUGUCUCGAGCAUCGACACUUUUUCCUCAUUUGCUUCCGACGCUGCCAGCGUCUUCUCUACGGCGUCUGCCCCAGCGGCGUUGGCAGCAAAGAGGCCACACCAGCAAUCAGCAUCCCCUCCGCAGACAUCUGUACCUGCUGUCCCGCCAAUGCCCGCUCCGUUUGCUCCUUCGUCUUCCUCGAACUCAGACAAAUCAGCGCCCAGAAGGCCCACGAGAGGCCUGCUUGGCGUCGCUACGGGUCUCGAUACGAUCUCGGAGCAGCGGACGAGUGGCAAGGCGCCUUCGUCAUCGUCUUCCUCGAAUAUCGCCCAUGGUCCCAGCAAGGAGCAGCUGGAUGCCAGCUACCUUGCAGAAAUCUUUGGUGGCAACCCAAAGGCACAGCAAGAAAGAAGGCACCAGCGCCGCCAGCAAGACGCCAUGCGCGCCGCCGCAGCACUUGCCCGUCAGCAGCAGCACCAGCAAAGUGGCCCUGCAGCGCCCUCGUCCUCUUCUUCGUCUCUAGUCUCUUCAGGCUCCUCGCUGUCGAGGUCGAACAUUUCAGUCAUGAGGCCAGGGAGCGGCGGCGGAGGGAGCGGCAGCAGCAAUAUCAACGGCAGCUCCUCUUCGAUUGCCUCUGGUCAGCAGACUGCGCAAGUGGCGCCGCCGGUGCCUGGUUCCAGCAGCAGCAACCUUGGCGGCACCACGGCGCAAGGAUCACCCUCGCACUCGCAGGACUCCGAUGCGUCAGCCUCGACGAACCCGCGCAAGAAGAUGCUUGGCAAGUUCCUCAUGGGCGUCAAGAACUACAACAAGGGCGUCAAGGUGGCAGCCCCUCCCGACGAGAGGGAAGAGGUCCUGGCUUCUCCGACGGACGUGGUGGAAUCGGACAAGCCGCGCAACCCCCUCUCCCAGCAGCACUACCGCCAUAGUACGAGGGAUCGCUAACUUAUACUCUCCUUUACCAACUUGCAAAUGCUUACACACGUAUACACAACCCCACCCCAACCCACCCUUCUCUUGUCUCAUUAUCGUUGGCAAACCACUUAAUCGUAAAUUGGAAAAAUGAACAUCUGUCUCACGACG